AUGGCGCAUCUUGUUGCUCACUUAGCCUUGAAGCUCAUGAUCAUACUCCUACUCUUCUUCCCAAUAGACCAAUCCAACGGCUGUUUGGACGACGAGAAAGUCGCACUUCUCCACCUCAAAUCCUCCUUCAAUUCAACCGCUCAAGAGGAACUCAACCACCCAACAACGGAAGAUUGCUGCUCCUGGCAAGGAAUUCAAUGCAGCCAAACCACCGGCAGAGUCAUCUCCAUCGACCUCUUCCAGCUCUUCGAUUUCCAGAUCCCAGAAACAGAGUCCAGGUGCCUCAACACCACUCUGUUUCUCCCCUUUCCGCAGCUCGCCAGCCUCUCUCUUCCUCACGGCAGUCUGGUCGAUUGCCCCGAAAAAAACCACGGUUUGGAAGGGCUAUCGGUACUUCCCCAUCUGGAGAUCUUGGAUUUGAGCUUCAACAAGUUCACUGGCAGCAUCCUUUCCUCCAUAGGAGCCCUUCCUUCAUUGAGGACAUUGAGUUUGAAGCAGCUUCGAGUUCUGGAUCUAUGGAACAACCACUUCGCCGGAGAACUGCCGGAAUGUUUGUCCAAUUUGACAUCUCUACAAAUUUUGGACCUUUCAGACAAUCGUUUCACCGGAGACAUUUCUCUGUCCCCAUUGGGAAGCCUUAUGUCGAUUUCAGAAUUGCGGCUCACCUACAAUUCGUUCAAGAUUCCUUUCUCACUGUCCCCAUUUUCCAACCUCUCCAAGCUCAAAACCCUCUACGCCGACCACAACCAAGUUAUCUACAGCGAUGAAGGAGAGAAGAAUUCUGCAAAAUUCGUCUCUGCCCCAAGCUUCCAGCUGCAGACUCUGUACCUCUCUGCCACCGAGGGAUACGGAAACAAAUUGGAUGGCAGACUAUUGGAUUUUGAGUUGCAGAGUUUGAAGACAUUGAGAUUGGAUCACAAUCAAUUUCAGGGGAGCAUUCCAAUUGGGUUGUCUAGGAGCCCUGCUUUGAACUUCUUGGAUGUCAGCAACAACGAUCUCUCCGGUACGAUCCCUUCGUGGCUGUCGACGAUGCCAUCGCUCGACGUUCUGGACCUCUCGGGCAACGAUCUCGUCGGAGAGCUGCCUAGAGGGCUCCCUUCUCCCUGGAUGACACAGGUUUAUCUAUCGAAGAAUCGUCUCGUAGGACAGUUUCGGAUUGAUUCGAUCAGCGACGAAUAUCGACUGUUGAUACUGGAUGUCAGUCACAAUCGACUGUCCGGACCGGUUCCUAGGCAGAUUGACAAAAUGUAUCGAUUGAGGUACAUUCUGCUAAACAACAAUAGCUUCCAGGGGGAAAUGCCGAUUGGAAUGUGCAAGUUGGAGCAUUUGAGGCUCAUCGAUCUAUCGAGCAAUGGCUUCUCUGGAGACAUACUCCCCUGCAUCAAGACUCACGCACACUGGUCACGGUUGGAAGGAGAUGAUGAGAUUGGAUUCCUGGGAGCAGCGACGCCAGCAAUCGAACCGAUGGAGAUUACGACGAAAGCAUUUCCUUACUCUUACCAGGGCCGGAACCUCCUCCUGAUGUCAGGCAUCAACCUGUCUGACAACAACUUUACUGGUGAGAUUCCCGAAGAAUUCGGGAACCUCACCAGCAUCAAACUCCUGAACCUGUCACACAAUGCACUCACCGGGUCGAUUCCGUCGACAUUCUCUAAAUUUGAGCAGAUCGAGAGUUUGGAUCUCUGUUACAACAAUCUGACGGGGUCGAUCCCCGCACAGCUGGUGGAUCUUAACUCUCUGGCUGUUUUUAGCGUGGCGUACAACAAUCUGUCUGGGAGGACCCCGGAGAGGGUUGCACAAUUCGCGACUUUUAACGAGAAUUGCUACGACGGGAACCCUUUUCUCUGUGGAUGGCCUCUCCCGAAGAAAUGUACUCCGGGAUCCCCGCCGCAGCCAUCAUUGCCGACGGAGGAUGGGGACGACGUCGACGGUGGUGAGGUGAUCGAUACCGAGGUUUUCGUGUCGAGUUUUACCGUGUCGUUCGGGAUGGUGUUGGCCGCGAUCGCGACUGUUCUGUACAUAAAUCCGAACUGGAGGAGGAGGUGGUUUUACUAUGUGGAAAUGGUGAUGGAGGGUUGCUAUUACUUCAUGGUGGAUCAUCUUCCGGUGCCGGAGAAGUACAAAGUUUUGGAUCCCUCUUCUGGACGGCUGUCAUGGCAGUAG